AUGUCAACAGAACAGUCGCCAACAAACGGCAAGUCACUUGACGAGGUACCAGAUGAUCAUGUACCCGAUACAUCUUCUGACCAAUCUCCAAAACCGAGAACCCAAGGUCGACGGAUGUCUUUGAACGAUCUCGUUCAUUCACUCUCACCUCCACCCAAUCCUUCAAAUCAACUGGAUGAUAUCCCCGAAAAGCACCUUCCUCAUUUGACCUCCAGCGAGAAGCUUAAGAUCGAUCAAUUAUCACGAGCGAUCUAUGAUAUUCAGCGUGAACAAUCUGAACGAGCCAUCAUGAACAACGAGUUCGCUCGUAAUCCUCCUUUUACGUCGAUCGUCAGUCAAAAUCCAUUUAAGACGUUUGAGCAGCUGUCGGCGGAAGAACAACAAAGAUGGAAAACCGCAAAAGAGCGUGGCGGAUUUGGGACUAAGGGUGGAGAUGGAACGGAGGAGGGAGAAUUGAGGUUCGGCAUGAUAAGGAAUGAUGAAGGGGAUGAGGUUUAUGGUGUUUGGAAUCUAGCCUCAACCUCCAAGUUGAGGUUGCACAACGAUGAAAAUCAACAGACGGAUGACAAGGAUGAUGGAUUGGAACAAGAGGAUAAAAGGAAUGAGGUAUUAGAGAGGUUGAAUGAAUUUGCCCAUUCCAGACCAUCUAUCAUUUUCACGUCUAAAGCCUCCUCUGCCCAGCCAUUGGAUAUGACUCCGACAGAUCCACCUCAGUAUGCUUCCAGGCCUCCUACGCCUCCUCAAGUAGAGGCAGAUGAUAAAUGA